ACACCGGAAACUGUCUCCUUUUAUAUCCACGUCGGUCAUAUUCCCAAUGAACACGACGUAGCCAAAGACGAACACUUGGACCCGAUAAACGUUAAGAUCGCAGAGCUGAGAGAGGCUUUGGAAUCUGUUAUUUCCGAGCAAAAAUAUCUGAAAGCACGUGAUGCCCGACACCGUCACACCAACGAGAGCACGAGAAAGCGAGUGAUAUUCUACACGGUGGGAGAGUACCUUCUUCUGGCAGCAGCCAGUGCCCUUCAGGUUCUCUACAUCCGAAAGCUCUUCAGCAAGUCUGUUGCAUACAACCGAGUCUGAAACAAAACACCCUAACUCUGGUUUGUUCUUCUGCCCCUUUGAACCCUAGACUUAGACAAAGAAAAGCCUUUUUUUGUUACACAUCUCUUCUGCUUCAGUGUACUUUUUAUGUUGCAGAUCUUAGUAACUUAAGUAAUAAACUUAUUCGGAUC